UCCCAGUUUUGGAAAGCAGGAAAUUACGAUGGUUCUAACGCACAAACAAUGCCAGCUGGAAUGGACCACAUACGAAUGCAUCCCAAAUUCCUUCAUUCUAACGCAAGAAGCCACAAGUGGGCUUUUGGUGCAAUAGCAGAGCUGCUUGAUAAUGCACUCGACCAGACAACAAAUGGAGUGACAUUUGCCAACAUAGAUGUUCUCAAGAAUCCAGUUAAUGGCACGCCAAUGCUUCUGUUUGAAGACAAUGGUGGUGGAAUGACUCUUGAUCAUUUGCGACAAUGUAUGUCCUUUGGGUAUUCUGUAAAUGACACAGCCAGUAGAACAAUUGGACAAUAUGGAAAUGGUUUCAAGACAAGUACAACGCGCCUUGGUGCAGAUGUCAUUGUAUUUUCAAAAUCAAACACUGCAGUAGGUGACAGAUUUAUUCAAAGUGUGGGAUUACUCUCUUAUAGCUUUCUCCGUGAUACAGUGCAGCAAGAUAUUAUAGUUCCAAUGUUCAAGAAAAUUAAUGACCAAGGGACAAGAAUAAUUAUCUAUAAUCUUUGGGAGAAUGACGAGCAACAAAUUGAACUAGACUUCAAAUCUGAUCCUCAUGAUAUCCGAAUUAGAAACGGUCAACAUGACAUACAAUGUGAAAUGGCAAACAAAUAUUCCAGUAUUAAACACUUUUUCCUGUACAAAAGUUCUCUACGGGUAUAUAUUUCAAUGUUGUAUUUGCAUUUACCAGAAAACUUCAAGAUCACUCUUCGAAAUCAAGAAGUUGAACACUCUGACAUAAGGAGUGAUGCAAUGCAUAUAGAGCAAUUUAAUUUCAAGUUUCAAAAUGAUUUAAAAAUGUCUGCAAAAGUACACUUUUGGUACACACAACAAAUAGAUAUACAAGGAUUUAAUGUCUACCACAAAAACCGACUUAUUAAGCCCUUUUGGAAAAUAUGGAAUUCAUCACGAAAACAAGGGUGAGGUUAUUUAGGAGUUUUGGAAGCAAACUUUGUGGAGCCCACUCAUGAUAAACAAGGAUUUGAAAGAACACCUAUUGUUCAACAAUUAGAGUAUCAACUGCAAAUCAUGCAGAAAAGAUUAUGGUUGGCUUGCUUGUUUAUACCUUUUUAUUAA